AUGUCGGCACCGCAAGACGCAAUCCCGCCCAAUGGGUCUGAUCUUCCUGAGGCCCUUGACCAGCUCAAUCUCAACGACAAUGAGCCACGCCUCGGCCCGGACGGAGAGCCGGCCCCAAAGACAGACGAAGAGUAUGCCCAGACACAGCUGACUCUGCGCGCGAUUGUCUCGUCAAAGGAGGCUGGCGUCAUCAUUGGGAAGGGCGGGAAGAACGUCGCCGACUUGCGCGACGAAACCGGCGUGAAGGCUGGCGUUAGCAAAGUCGUCCAAGGUGUUUACGACCGGGUCUUGACCAUCACCGGCGGCUGCGAAGCCAUCUCGAGAGCCUACGCCGUUGUUGCCCGCGCCCUGCUCGAGGGUGCUCCCACGAUUGGCAUGGGCGGAGUCGUCCAGAGCAAUGGCACACACCCGAUUAAACUUCUUAUCUCCCACAACCAGAUGGGUACUAUCAUCGGUCGGCAAGGCCUGAAGAUCAAGCACAUCCAGGAUGUGUCCGGCGUGCGCAUGGUGGCACAAAAAGAGAUGCUGCCGCAGUCAACCGAGCGGAUAGUCGAGGUUCAGGGCACCCCCGAGGGCAUCCAGCGCGCCAUCUGGGAGAUCUGCAAGUGCCUGGUGGACGAUUGGCAGCGGGGUGCCGGCACCGUCUUGUACAACCCUGUCGUCCGGACUCAAGGUGCGGGCGCCGCACCAGGCGUUACCGGAACCACCAACUUCGUACAGGACAGAGCCCCGUACGGCGGCUCCCGUGUGACGCGGACAGGCAACGGCGCUGACUUUAGCAACGGCGGGCCCCGGCCUUAUAACCGCCGUUCGGACUCUGACGCCGCCGCUCGUGGUCCGCCGACUCACGACGAGAAUGGCGAGGAGAUCCAAACGCAAAACAUCAGUAUCCCAGCCGACAUGGUUGGGUGCAUUAUUGGCCGUGGCGGGUCCAAGAUCAGCGAGAUCCGCAAGACGUCAGGGGCCCGCAUCUCCAUUGCCAAGGCUCCUCAUGACGAGACAGGCGAGCGGAUGUUCACCAUCAUGGGCUCGGCUAAGGCCAACGAGAGGGCAUUGUUUCUCCUCUACGAGAAUCUCGAGGCGGAGAAGAUGCGUCGACAACAGCAGGCUGCCCAGACCUCCGAGUAG